GAUGGCUAAAUAUCAACUCAUGUCAGAAUGAGAAGAAAUUCAACCAGAGAUGAUACGACUGCUUGCUUCUGUUUCUCCUCCAGAUAGCGGAUCUGUCGGCGGAUCCUCUCCCCAAGUACCUCAAGCUAGGUACCUCGUUCUCCGGCGUUGUGAACUUCGAAGAUGCCUUGAGGAAACUGGAAUGCGACAUCAAGAAUGCGCUGAAGAACCCCACCAUCCUGGCCGCCAUGAUGAGCUCCGGAACCGAGACGUGUCUGCACGGCGCUGAGAAUGCGAGGAGGAAGAGAAGCAGCUUCCAGGGAGGCCAAGGGAACGAGGUCAGCUCUCCGUCGCGGAGGGUCGCACGCCAGACACAGGGAGGACAGGCUGUCUUCAACGGCUUCGGGUCCGGGAGCCUGAACUUCACGACGGAAUGCCCAGUGGUAUUAGCGUAUAUGUUGCCGGGGGAGGCGCUCCUCAGAUUCCGCCCAAUGAGCAACUCCUCGACGUGGGGCAAGGCCGACGCCCUGCGAGAGACCCGCCUGGUGUUCGGGGCGUGGGACAUGCAGGAGGAUCAACACGAGCAGCCUCAUAGACAGACAACCACGGGCCAAGUCACCAGGAUGAACAUCACGGUUCCCAACUGCUUAUGGGAGUGCGAGUGCGUGCGCAGCGUGUCCUCCGCGCCCGUCGUCGUCGCCGCCGAGUGGUCCGACUGCGGCGGCGGCGCGGUGGUCACGGGCGCGCCCAAGGUGGUCGACACGUGCGGCGUCUGCGGCGGCGACGGAAAAUCCUGCCUCGAUUGCCAGAAAGUUGUUCGCGGAACGGCCAAGAUGGAGUGCGGCGAGUGCGUCGGAGGCAAGACGGGCAAGACAGCGAAGCGGGACUGCGCGGGCAAGUGCGGCGAGGAGAACGAAAUGCGCAGGGUCGGCCAAAAGCAAAUGUGCAUCCCGAAGGGUCAGGCCGACCCCUUGCCCUGCGACAAUAAGAUGGGCUCGGAUGCCUUCAUUAAUGCGUGCGGCGUGUGCGUGGGCGGCACCACAGGGCUCGGCGCCGACGAGGGCAAGGACCGGUGUGGCGUGUGCGGAGGCGAUAACUCCUGCGUCGGCUGCGAUGACGUGGCCAACUCCGGCACCGUCCGCGACCUGUGCGGAGAGUGCCUGACCCCCAACGACCCCAAUUUCAACGACUGUCAAGCCAUCGGAGAAGUCAAGCCUCUGAUGCUGGACUCUGCCUUCGCCUCCCUCUUGGACCCCGCCAACCGAGGCACCGAGGAAGAGGCGAAAAUCUUGCAAAGACUGACACUCUCGGCCGAAAUCACGGGCGUCAGCACGAUAAAACACAAAGAUGAAUCCUGCACACUCACUAACGCAGAGAAGGUAGGAUGGUCGGCUGUUAAUUAUUGA